AAGGAGAAGGGGAAUAUCAAGUGGAGUGGAGUGGAGAGGGUUAGGGUGCAAGAAAAAUGAGCGAGGGAGGUGGUGGGAAUGGUUCUUCGUCUUCGUCUUGGGGUUGGGGUUGGGGUGCGGGUGGGGGUGCGGAAGAAGAGGAAGCAGAAAGAGAGAAGCAGAAGGAGAAAGCACGGGUGAGCAGGACAUCUCUGAUCCUGUGGCACACCCACCAGAACGAUGCAUCCUCCGUCAGGAAGCUGCUUGAGGAAGAUCCCUCCCUCGUCAACGCCAGGGAUUACGACAACCGCACCCCUCUCCACGUCGCCUCUCUCCACGGAUGGAUUGACGUCGCCAAGUGCCUUCUCGACUACAAAGCCGACGUCAAUUCCCAAGAUCGAUGGAGGAACACCCCUCUAGCUGAUGCGGAAGGAGCUAAGAAACAUGACAUGAUUGAACUCUUACAGUCGAAUGGUGGCUUGUCCUUUGGACAAAACGGAAGCCAUUUUGAACCAAAACCAGUUGCACCUCCUCUCCCAAAAAAAUGUGAUUGGGAAAUUGAUCCCUCAGAAUUGGAUUUCUCAACCUCAACUAUUAUUGGAAAGGGAUCUUUUGGUGAAAUUUUGAAAGCCUGUUGGCGUGGAACUCCUGUUGCUGUUAAACGGAUUUUACCAUCACUUUCAGAUGAUAGAUUGGUGACCCAGGAUUUUAGACAUGAGGUGAAUUUACUAGUGAAGCUACGCCACCCUAAUAUUGUUCAGUUCCUUGGUGCAGUCACAGAAAGGAAACCUCUGAUGUUAGUCACUGAGUAUCUUCGAGGGGGCGAUCUCCAUCAGCAUCUCAAAGAGAAAGGCCCACUUAGUCCAUCAACGUCAAUCAACUUUGCUUUGGAUAUAGCUAGGGGAAUGGCUUAUCUCCACAAUGAACCCAAUGUUAUAAUUCACAGGGAUUUGAAACCAAGGAAUGUCCUGUUAGUUAAUUCCAGUGCAGACCAUUUGAAGGUUGGAGACUUUGGGUUAAGCAAGCUCAUCAAAGUUCAGAAUUCUCAUGAUGUAUACAAGAUGACUGGAGAGACUGGAAGCUAUCGGUAUAUGGCUCCUGAAGUUUUCAAGCAUCGGAAGUAUGAUAAGAAAGUGGACGUAUUCUCAUUUGCAAUGAUCGUAUAUGAGAUGCUUGAAGGGGAUCCCCCUUUUGCAAACUAUGAACCUUAUGAGGCUGCCAAGUAUGUAUCGGAAGGACGCCGGCCACUUUUCCGUGCCAAAGGAUAUAUCACUGAGCUAAGAGAGUUGACAGAGAAGUGCUGGGCAGCCGACAUGAACCAGAGGCCGUCAUUUCUUGAAAUCCUUAAGCAGCUUGAAAAGAUUAAGGACAAUUUGGCUUCGGAGCAACAUCCCUGGAAUAUCUUCACGCCUUAGAUGAUCUUUGAUUUGAUUUUUUUUCUUUUUUUGGAAAAUGUGUUGUAUAAUUAGAAUUGGUUUGUAUAGUUUCCCAUUGACAUGCUGAAAGAACAGGUAGUUUAUGAAGAAAGCCAAUUUAUGAUCAUGGAGAAGGCCUAUACUUAAUGAUUUUUUUGGGAAGUGAAGAA